UCGAUAUCUCUCACUCUUUCUCCAAGCGGAGGCAGAAGAAAUAAAGAGCUCCUCAUCGUCGGCCUUCGGCGCCCCCAAAUCCAUCACAGGAACCCUGGUCAACGCCGCGAUCGAUCCUUUUUGCCGUAAUCUCCAAUCCGGAAAAUAAAAAUAUAAUCUUUAUUCCUCAAAUUGGUAAGUUAUAGACAGAGAUCGAUCGAGGAGGAAUUCGUAGUUGGAAUGGCGACAGUGGUUGCUGGUGAUAGUAGUUCUCUGAAUCCAUCUUUUGCUAUCCAAGAAGCAGGAAGCAGGAACAAGAGAAAAUUCCAUGCUGAUCUGCCGCUGGUGGACUCAAAUGCGCUAGCCGAUGCAUUGCAAACAGAGUUGCCGAAUUUCGAUUUGUUCCCCGCAGAGCAAACCUCCGAGAUUCCCAGCCUCGAACACCAUGAGGGCGAGUGUGAUAUGUGUAGGACUCAUAUGUUUGGGUUCAAAGAGGGACCAGAGUUGGAUGAAUUCCAAGAUGUUGAUUGGAGUUGCCUCACAGAAUCCCAGCUUGAGGAAAUCUUGCUUGAUAACUUGGAUGUGGUCUUUAUGACCGCAAUUAAGAUGAUAACUUCUCAUGGGUACACUAAGGAAGUUGCAACGAGUGCUGUAUUGAGCUCAGGGCUCUGUUACGGCUAUAAGGAUACCGUAUCUAAUGUUGUGGACAAUGCAUUGGCAUUGCUGAGGAGAGGACAACAGGUGGAUUCCUCUUCCAAAGAGAACAUUUCCAAGAAUUUAAAGGAGUUGGAGAAGAGGGUGUUGGCGGAGAUGAUUAGUGUGCUUAGAGGGGUUCGACCAUUUAUUAGUACAGGUGAGGCCUUAUGGUGCUUACUGAUGUCCGAUGCUAAUGUUACCCAAGCUUGUGCAAUGGACAGCAGUUCAUCAAACGCUGUCAUUAGUGAUGAGUACUUGGGCACUUCUGUUGCCGCAAAGUUAGAAUCAGGGUCAGAGUCCAAUGACACUAUUCCAGUAAGUUCUAAAAGUAAUGUUCGAGGAGUCAUACCUUGUUCUGAUAUUGCCCAGCAAUCUGAACCUGGAAAGAUGAUGGUGAUCCCAAGUCUACCUCAUGGAAAGUUCUCAGCCUCUAAUGAGAAUGACCUGGUUUCAAAACCUAAAGCUAUGAAAGAAAGUUUGAUUUCUUCAUCGAACCAUGUUGGAGAAUCUUCUUCUUCAAUAGUUUCUCGGUCUCCUCAAGAAGAGAAAUCAGUUAGUGGUAAAAAGGUCCAUGUAGGUUGUUCCAAAAGAGGAACUGUCCAACACAGGUCAGUCCAUGUUGAGAAGAGCUAUCGACCAUUGGGAACUAAAGCGGUUUCGAGAGCAUGUAGACAAAGUGGCUCGGGUAGCUUAAUCAUGGAUAGGAAAUGCAAACAAAUCUCAGAUGCUACAAGCAUAAGUUUGAAGAGCUCCUCAUUGAAGCCAGGGGAAGCUACAGGAACUGAGAAAUCAUUUGCAGAUGCUAACCUUAACCUUUCUUUUAGUCAUGGAUACUCAUCUAGCCCCACAGGCGGCAGAAAAGAAGUUACCAGCAGAUCAAUGACACCUACUACAGACACUGAACUCUCUCUAUCACUGUCUUCAGGAAGCAGCAUUGCUCUUAGUCCUACACAAGAGUCUAAUGUUGAUGCUCCAAAUUGCAGCAGUAAUGGCAUGAUCCAUUCUGGCACAACGUUUAGAGAUUGGAUCCCAGAGGACAAGAAGGAUGAAAUGCUGCUCAUAUUAGUUCCCCUGAUGCGUGAACUCCAGGUGCAGCUGCAAGAUUGGUCUGACUGGGCCCAGGAAAAGGUGAUGCAGGCUGCCCGAAGGCUGAGCAAGGAGAAGGUUGAGCUCCAAAUUCUGAGACAAGAAAAAGAAGAAGCAGCCUGUCUCCAGAAAGAGAGGCAAACUCUAGAAGAGAAUACCAGGAAGAAGCUUGCUGAGAUGGAACUUGCAAUAUCAAAGGCAAGUGCGCAGGUUGAAAGGGCUAAUGCUGCUGCCCGCAGGCUUGAAUUUGAGAAUACACAGCUAAGGCUUGGAAUGGAAGCUGCAAAACUACAUGCAGCACAAUCAGAGGCAAAUUGUCAAGAAGCUUCAAGAAGGGAGAUGAAGACUCUUAAAAUGUUCCAGUCAUGGGAAAAACAGCAAAUAAUGUUUCAAGAGGAGCUUGCAAAUGAAAAGCAUCAGCUUUCUCAGCUGCAGCAGCAACUUGAACAAGUCAAGGAACUUCAAGAUCAAUCCGAGGCUAGGUGGAGGCAAGAAGAAAAGAUGAAGAAUGAGGCACUUGCAGAGAUCAGUGCUGAAAGAAACGAGUGGGAGCAGAUUGAGACUUCAGCAAAAUCACAGGAAAAUGCAUUAAGAUUGAAAGCAGAAAAUGAUUUGCAAAGAUGCAAAAGCGAUAUUCGCAGGCUUGAGCAGCAGAUUGCGCAAGUAAGGCAAGUCACCAACUUGUCUAUUCUUGCUGCUCCGAGGUGGGGAACAGAAAGAACCUAUGCGUGCCGCCUUUUGGGUGGAAGCAAGAACAUCAAUGCCAAUAUUUUGGCCGACAUAAUGGACUCCCAGGAUUCGGCAUCUGAAGAACUACAACGUGAAAGGGAAUGCGUCAUGUGCUUAUCCGAGGAGAUGUCUGUUGUUUUCCUUCCCUGUGCCCACCAAGUUGUUUGCACCAAAUGCAAUGAGCUCCAUGAAAAGCAGGCCAUGAAAGACUGCCCUUCUUGUAGGACUCCCAUUCAGCGAAGGGUUUCGGUUCGCUUGGCAGACCGUUAGCAUGAAUAUGAUCUCUGUGAAAGUUUCAUAACACCAUGAUUCAUGAUUUGGAAAUAAAUAAGGUAUACUAAACAUCACAGUGAAUUCUGAGCUUUAUACACACUCCUAUGUUGGACUUGUAGCUCCUGAUGGUGUUUCUUCUCAGUGUUGUUAAUGCAUCAUCUUGUGGAGUCGAUGAACUUUGGUCAAUCUACAUGGGAACAUCCGCUUUGCUUUUUCCUUGAUAUUGA